GCGGAGAAAUCUUGUAGGCGAGGCCGGAAGCGCCUUCUGGAGUCGGGCCUGGAGAAGGAAAAGAGGCUGGACCCGGAGAGGACCGACAUGGCCGAAACGGACCCCAAGACCGUGCAAGACCUCACCGCCGUGGUGCAGACACUGCUGCAGCAAAUGCAGGACAAGUUUCAAACCAUGUCUGACCAGAUUAUUGGCCGGAUUGAUGACAUGAGCUGCCGUAUCGACGACCUGGAGAAGAACAUCGCAGAUCUCAUGACGCAAGCUGGAGUGGAGGAGCUGGAAGGCGAGAACAAGGCGCCUGCUACCAAAACAUCAACUUGCCAAUAAUCUACGAUGGGUGCUGGAAGGAAGCGUUUUUACAAGCCUACAGGGAUUUGAAGACAGCCUUUUUGUUUUCUUUCCUUUUUUCCCCCAACUGCUAAUAUGUAAACGCAUUUUUCUACUGCUGUAGAACUUGCAUUCUUAAUGUACCUUGUAUAGCUAGAUUUGGAACAAUUUCUAUUCUGGUUUCUUGUGUAUUUGUGGGUUUCACACAGUUUUUCAAAGUAACACGUUCUAUAAACUUCAGUUGUUUAAGCAUAAUUUGAUGGCAUUGCAGAAUUUGCUAAGAGCUGAAUUGAAAAUACUAACAUUAUGAAUUCGCUUUUGUGAGGUUGCACUUUUAAAAAGAAAAAGAAAACAUUUUUAAUUGUGGCCUUUUUGUAAUUAUUUUCAGUAAUGUGGCUAAAGACUGUAGUCCUUUCCAUCAGCCUGCACAACAAAUUUGUCAUGUAUUUGUGAGGCACUUUUGUGGAGUGGAGUACAAUAAUGAAAACAUUGUGUUCUAAAAUCUGUCAUUGUGCCAGUAUGUUGCCCUGUUAGUAAUGGAUUUAAUACAACAAGCAAUCUGCUCUGGGGGAUUUGGGCUGCAUGAACCAUAACUCUUCUUUUUAGUUAUUAUCAGUCAGUGUUCUUCCUGAUACCAGUUUGUGGUUUGGGGCAAAUGAUAUAUUAAGGUCAUAUUUCAGUAAGCUGCAGGCAGUGCUGCCCUGGGAAUGGGCUUCUGCAGUUGGGAGAUACCCCUUUAGAAAGCUAGUUUAUUCCCAAGGAUGGAGAUUACCUGUUUAGACCUAUUAUUAACUUGGGGGUGGAUGGUUCUGCCUUCCUCAUAAUAUAAAAGGGAAGUAUUAUUGGGACAUCCCAGCAGCUCA